AUGCAAGUAAACAAAUUCUUUCAUUCUCUCAAACGAAAGCUUUCUCCGAGGAAACAUCAAAAUGUUCAUGAGGAAGAUAUUGUAAUGAUGAAUCAAGAGAGUCCAAGAAGUGUUGGUAGUAAUCAUAGUUAUGGAGGAGGAUUGGAUGUUGUUGUUGUAGAUGAUGAUUGGAAUUUGGAACGAGUCCAACAACAACAACAACCACAGCAACAACUUUUCCAAUCAUCAUCUCUACAACAACCACAACAACAACAGAAACCAACUCCUCCCUCUCCACGGAAACAUUUUCUUUUUGGUCGCCGAAGAGGAAGUGGAAGUGCUUUGCAUCAUGAAGAAGAAGGAAGGAACAAUACGUUAGCCUUGUUUACUUCAAGAAUUGCUGGAGCUCUUUCUCCGAGAGGAAAUAGAUCCUCAUCCUCAUCAACAACAGCUGCAAUGACUUUAUCACCUCGAUCCGAUCACAAAUCAUCAUCCAGAGUUGCAACUUGUUCAUCAUCAUCAUCAACUAGAACCCAUCAACCGUUAUUGUUGUCGGAUCAUGCUGAGAAUUUGAAUAAGAGCUCUUCUUCGGCUCAUCAUCCUCCCCUUGUUCCGAAACUAAAUACCUCAGAAUUAGGAGGUUUGAAUUAUGCACCGAAAGAGAAAUUUAAAGUGAAACCAUUGUGGAAACAAGAAGAAGACUUGUCUGAGCCAUCAUUGAAGAGUUGUAUUGAACUGGCCAUUCCAUUCCCAGAAAAUGCACAACUCACUCAUCACACCAUUAAUAGAUUCAAGAAACACCAAGAGAAUGAAGGUAUCAGCAACAACAGCAACAACACCACCAAGUCACAUUCGUCAUCAUCAUCGACGAAAAGAAAAGUUCAUAGUUUAAAAGCAUUUUCUAAACGUGAUGAUAUAAAUUCAGAACAUCCUUCCUCCUCUGGUUCAGUGAGUGAAUCAGCAUCCUCAUCCUCAUCAACAGCAAACACCGAAGAAUGGGGACAUAAUGAUAGUUCCUCUUCAUUUGAUGCGUUUUUUGAGCGAUAUGCAGCAGCCACUUGUCAAAUGCAUGAUUUGAAAAGUAGCAACAAUUCUACCAAUGAUUCAUCAAAUGCAUGCAAUUCUUUAUCCGCGGAAGCAAUUGAAAUGUCAACUAGCAAUGUUGCUGAAAAUAGAAAAUCGAUUGGAAACCAUGAAUUGUGUUCCACCAAGAAUUUCCUUCGUAAAUCCAGCAAACAACAAUUGAAAUCCGUCAUUGACAACAACAAGAAAUCAACCAACAGAAGACACUCUCAUCAAGGGUCCUUUGACAGCUCUUCUUCAUUCUCAGCAGACACCGAAGAAAUGCUCAAUCGAUUUGGAAUUGUGAGGAUUUCGUUUGAACCUCUCACGACCAGCACUACCUUAGACUCGAAUUCAGAUCAACAACAGCAACAACACCACCAAACAAACACUGGCGUUCAAACCUUCAAAUGA